AUGGCGCCAAAGGUGAAGAGGGUCGUUUCCAGAAAAAGGAAAGAGCUGUCUUCUUCAGGUGCUGCUGAGGUCACCGCGGCUGAAGAUCGAGGGGAAGCGCCGGUUGACGAGGAACAUUCGGCCGAGCCUAUCGCUGAGCCUAUCUUGAUUUUGGACGACGACGAGUCUGAGGGAGCUGAGCCCUGUCUCGAGAUCCCACCCAUCAUGGCGCUCGCUCCAGGCCAAGAGCCUGCUCCCACCGAGUCCUUGUCCUGGCAAGCUCGCAUCGAAGAGUUCGAGAGCGCUAUAGUUGCUAUUAAUGAUGUUGAGGGCAUUGCAAAUGAUGGUCUAGCACUUUCUGUCGCAGGAACAUAUCUAAGAGUACGUGCAUCUAUGUAUCAGCGGAUAGUGCAGAGGGUUCAUAGAGCAUUGAAUCGAACUCAUGAGGAUCUUCAUGAUGGUUGCGAGGUGAUGGCGCAGAAGGAACUUUUAUAUGCUCGCCGACCAAAUAGACGAAGACGAGAUGGACCUUGUACGAAUGACAAUGAAGGUGGACUAUCACAACCACACAUGCAACUGAGCGAGCUCUUGCAAGCUCAAGUCCAUGGAGGACAAUGGCCAUUUGAGCGGUAUCCACAGCUCGAGCAGCCUCCGACGACCUCGAGAUCAGAAGCGAGUGAGUUCGAGAUCGAAUUGAUUCGAUUCGAUGUGGGCGGCGUCUUGCCUGGCUUCGUGCUGCGCGUCGUGCACGUCUUCGCUCUCUCCCUCAUCGUCUCUUGGAUCCUGAGAGAGGUCGCCGCCCCUCUCCUCGAGAAAUUACCAUGGAUAAAUACUUUCUCCGAUACGCCAUCAAAAGAAUGGUUUCAAACCAGUGCAGUUCUCCGCGUGAGUUUAGGAAAUUUCUUGUUCUUUAUGACAUUUGCGCUGAUGAUGAUUGGUGUCAAGGAUCAAAAUGACAGACGGGAUGCAUGGCAUCAUGGUGGAUGGGUUGCUAAAAUUAUUGUAUGGAUAGUGAUCAUUGUUCUCAUGUUUUUCCUUCCAAAUGAGGUCAUAGCUAUAUAUGAAACAUUGUCAAAGUUUGGGUCUGGUUUCUUCUUACUGGUUCAAGUGAUCAUACUACUGGACUUCACACAUACGUGGAAUGAUUCAUGGGUUGAGAAAGAUGAGCAGAAAUGGUAUAUUGCUUUACUUUCAGUAUCAGUAGCAUGCUAUCUCGCAGCAUUCACAUUCUCAGGAGUGCUUUUUAUAUGGUUUAAUCCCUCGGGACAUGAUUGUGGCCUCAAUGUUUUCUUCAUUGUCAUGACUAUGAUUCUUGCGUUUGCAUUUGGAGUUAUUGCACUGCAUCCACAGGUAAACGGCAGCCUUCUGCCUGCUUCUGUGAUCUCUGUUUACUGUGCAUAUCUCUGCUACAGUGGUCUUUCAAGUGAGCCACGAGACUAUGCUUGCAAUGGUCUCCAUAAACAUACCAGACAAGUUUCCACAGGGACACUUAUUCUAGGGAUGCUCACAACCACUCUCUCUGUCGUAUACUCUGCAGUUCGAGCUGGAUCUUCCACAACUUUUCUCUCUCCUCCAUCUUCUCCGAAGUCAGGUUCGACAAAGCCACUGCUUGAAGAAGGCGAACUGGAGUCAGGAAAAGGAGAGAAGAAAGAGACUGAAGCGAGACCAGUUAGUUACUCGUACACCUUCUUCCAUCUUAUAUUUGCACUGGCUAGCAUGUACUCCGCCAUGCUUCUUACUGGAUGGACUAGCUCCAAAUCUGAUAGCUCUGAGCUAAUCGAUGUUGGCUGGACCUCAACCUGGGUGAGGAUUUGCACAGAGUGGGCUACUGCUCUUCUCUAUAUUUGGACCCUCCUGGCUCCCAUUAUAUUACCCGAUCGUGAAUUUUAUUAAGUCUCCUCAGAGCAAUAUGUCUGUAUAUAUAUACACGAUCGUGCUGAUAAUUUGCAUUGUGCAUGUAUAUAACUGAUUCUGUCUUGUGACUAUUCUCUAGGAAGGGGACAGAAGUAUGAAGAAGUUAGUGUAAUAAUACUUAUUGCUGUGUCUACAACGUUAUACACGUGUAAUUGCUGCUACUGAAUGUUCAGAUGUACUCCAUGUAUACUAGAAAUAUGGUAUUUGCAUCUUA